AUGUAUAUAUAUCGGGGUGAACGGUUCUGUAAUUGUACUGUUUCUCAGACAUAUCUCAACAUGAAUGCUUUGGUCCUUGCACUCUUCGCCACCUUGGCCGUAGCCUCAGCCGCCCCUAGCUGGGGACACGGAGCUCUUCUAGCCGCUCCCGUAGCUCAUGGAGCCAUCCUCGCCGGUCCCGCAGCUCACGGAGCCGUUCUUGCUGGCCCACACGCCGCUGGAGCUGCUGUCAUUGGACCCGUUGCUGGAGCUAGUGCUGUCAUUGGACCCCGUACUCAUGGAGCUGUUGUUGCUGGACCCGUAGCUGGACCUAGCGCUGUUAUCGGACCCGUAGCUGCACCUAGCGCUGUUAUUGGACCCGUCAACCACGGUGCCCUCAUCACCCCCGCUGUUGCUGCCCCAGCUGUUGUCGCUGGUCCAGCUAUUGGUGUUGGAGCUUGGGGACUCGGUCAUGGUGCUUGGGGACUCGGUCAUGGUGCCUGGGCUGGUCAUGGAUGGGCCGGUCAUGGAUUAGCCGGACACUGGUAA